CGGGCGGCUCUCUGUCCCCCCCGCCCGGGUGAAGUGGCCGAGGCUGGACGACGCUACCCCGGCAGCGGGCGCAGCGCGGAGAACCGGGCGGCGACGGCUCCGCGACGGCACGGAUGUCGGGCUUCAGGUGCUGCAGAGGUGGCGGAGGCGAUGGCAGACCGGAGCGUCCUUUGCAAGGCCGGGAUUGGAAAGUAUGUAUGACCAACUGCCCUACACUGAUUGUUAUGGUUGGCCUCCCAGCAAGAGGGAAAACCUACAUCUCAAAGAAAUUGACACGUUACUUAAACUGGAUUGGAGUGCCUACAAAAGAAUUCAAUGUUGGUCAGUAUCGGCGAGAUUUGGUAAAAACAUACAAGUCCUUUGAGUUCUUCCUGCCAGACAAUGAAGAAGGCCUGAAAAUCCGAAAACAAUGUGCCUUAGCAGCACUGAAUGAUGUUCGGCGAUAUCUUUGUGAAGAAAAUGGGCAUGUAGCAGUUUUUGAUGCCACAAACACUACAAGGGAACGUAGAGAAACCAUCUAUACGUUUGGUGAGGAAAAUGGGUAUAAGACUUUUUUCGUGGAGUCAGUAUGUGUGGAUCCAGAGGUUAUUGCUGCAAAUAUUGUGCAAGUGAAACUGGGCAGUCCUGAUUAUGUUGACUGUGGUAGUGAUGAAGCUGCAGAAGACUUCAUGAAAAGAAUUGAGUGUUACAAGAAUACAUAUGAGACACUAGAUGAAAACCUAGACAAGGAUCUUUCUUACAUUAAAAUCAUGGAUGUUGGAAGGAGUUAUCUUGUGAACCGAGUAAUGGACCACAUCCAGAGUCGGAUUGUUUACUACCUCAUGAAUAUCCAUGUAACUCCUCGCGCCAUCUACCUCUGUCGACACGGUGAAAGUGAACUAAAUCUAAAGGGAAGAAUAGGAGGGGACACUGGGUUGUCUCAUAGGGGGAAAGAGUUUGCCAAGAGCUUGGCGCACUUCAUUAAUGAGCAAAACAUCAAAGAUCUGAAAGUAUGGACUAGCCAAAUGAAGCGGACCAUUCAGACAGCAGAGGCUUUGGGAGUGCCUUAUGAGCAAUGGAAAGUUUUGAAUGAAAUAGAUGCGGGAGUCUGUGAAGAAAUGACAUAUGAAGAAAUUCAGGAAAAUUAUCCAUUAGAAUUUGCUUUGAGAGACCAGGACAAAUACAGAUACAGAUAUCCUAAGGGGGAGUCCUAUGAAGAUCUUGUUCAAAGGUUGGAGCCAGUAAUUAUGGAGCUGGAAAGGCAGGAAAAUGUGCUUGUAAUCUGUCACCAAGCUGUUAUGCGCUGUCUGCUUGCUUACUUUCUGGAUAAGCCCGCAGAACAACUGCCUUAUCUCAAGUGCCCACUGCAUACUGUCUUAAAGCUAACCCCAGUGGCUUAUGGUUGCAAGGUGGAAUCUAUAUUUCUGAAUGUUGAAGCUGUAAAUACGCACAGAGACAAACCACAGAAUGUAGACAUUUCGAGACCUCCCGAGGAAGCUCUUGUAACUGUCCCUGCUCACCAGUGAAUCCUGUGUCCUGAUCAGCUAUGAAACAUGUGAAUGUCUGCGUUAGCCGCUCUCGAGAAGAAGCCUUGAGGACUGUGCCGAAUCAGUUGUAGCUCUCUUGGGCCCCAACCCCCGUCCCAUACUGCUGAAGCAGUGCUAAGGAAACCACUCAGGGACAUGAGAAUAAUGAAGAAAGCCUUCAAGAAAGCCAAGCCACCUACGAAUACACACACUCCUCUUUUUAGAAUGUGUUUUAACCCCCUGGGACGAGGCAGACUUAACAUGAAAGGUUGAAACAUGCCAAGUAUUUAUGGAACAUUGAACAAAAUGGCUUUUAAAUUAAUAUAUGUUAUCUUUAUCCUGUUGUUCCUCACCUGUGAAUGUUAAGGUGUAUGAAAUGGGGUUGUCACUUUUAAUGUCAUAUCUUAACUUCAGCAUUAUUCCGUAAAUGAUUCCUGCUAUUCCAGUUCCAGACUUCCGGUAGUAGCAUUUCAUUAUUAUUUUAUUCAAAUAUUAUGAGAUCUUACAUUACCAAACACAAAAUAAGCAUUUCUCUGAGGAUAUUUAAAAUAUUUAUUCCAGUAUACAAGAUCUCUGUCCAACCCUGGAAGAAUUCAUUCCAAUUUUCCUUUCCAUUUAGUAAAUACUUAAUCCUGUUAAUAUCUACUUUAGCCACAAACAAUGUUUUCCUAAUCCAAUCAGUGCUAUACAAUAGAAUAUUAUAUUUCCAUUUUGGGGGGCAAUCACACUGUAGUAUUUGAAAUUUUAAAAAGUAUAUCUAAUUUCCAAAUAACUUUAUUAAAGGCUCCACUUGAUACCCUAUAGCACCUACUGGGAAGAAUGAAUGAAUAAUAUUUGCUCAAGUGCACUCCUUUUGUCUUGUUGAAUUGUUCCAAAAAAACCUGGUUAUUUUUUUAAAAAAUUGGUAGGAUAAACAUGUUUUAUAAGCCUGUUUUUAAAGAGCAUUGCUCUUUUUUUUUCUUUUUUUAACUUUAAGCUUUUAUUAAAAGAAAGAAAUGUCCAAACAGGUUCGAAUUAAACCAAUGGGAAAAUUUUAAUUAAUAUUACCUUAGCUUAGCUUACAUGGAACAAAUAACAAGACAAUAAAAUUAGAAGAUGGUGUAUAGUUGGCAGAGGUUAAACAGCAGUAAUAGUGCAGGGUGCAAGACAAAUUUCGAGGCACACCAAAUGAUCACGAGGCUCCAGUGAGUUAUUGGCAUUAUCCGAGCUUAUUUUUUAUUUUCUUGAACCAAAGUUAACAGAUAAAGUAUUACAUGUUUGUUUGUUUUUAAUUGUGUUUUAGUGUUAAGUUGUAUUCAUGUUUUUCCAGUUAAAGUACAUCGGCAGGGUCAGAUGAAAGAGAUCCUUCAGCAGCUAUUGUAAAGAUAUUUACAUUCAUAGUGAAAUAUUCUUCAGUCCCACAAAAGGGGGACUCCUGGUACUCCCUUUCUGUGGGCCUGAAGGAUGUUCAGAUAAUCUUAUGCAUAUAGGAAUGCAGUCUUGUAGGUGGAUUUGUGAAAUUUUAUUAAUUUUACUUUUUGGGCACAGGCCUUGGGGGGAAUAUGCUCCACCUGUUGAAAUGAAUGGAAUUUGUACAGAAGAAAUUACUCUUAAGAGUGAUACAGUUUUGUGCAUGUUGGUCCAUUUCUAUUUGUUGUACUAUACAAUUUAUAGUGUAAAUGUUUGUGUGAUGGAAGUCAGCAGAAAGCAGCAAAUUAGGUGCCUCUUAGUUCUUGAAAUGAAGAACUGUUGACCUCUGCAAUCAGCAUUUUGUUUGUCUCACUAUCUGUAUUGGUACCUUAUUGAACCUUGUCAUGCUGUUAAUGUUAGAAUUCUGUGCAAUGUACCAUGUUAGCUUUGCAAGUUGGGGGCUCAAAUCGUUUUUGGAUUUUACGUAGGUGGGCGCUUUAACGCAACCUGUUGCUGUAUUGUGAAUUUCUUUUAACAACCCAGUUUGAGCAAUAUUCAAUGCUCUGGAAAUAAGCCAUAAAGCCAAUCUUAUUUCAGAAAAUUCUUACGUUAAACACUUACAGCAACUACACAUCAAAAGCGCUUUAGCUCUAUUCCAUGCUAUAAGAUAAUAUGCAUUUACAUUGUAAUGUAUUUAUUCAGGUAGAUCACUAGGUACUGGAGAAGACUGGGAAGCACACACAGUAAUAUGGGAUGUAUAAGGUGGAGAAGAGGAUGCCGUGUUAUGGCUUCCCUGAUUAGCAUAGAUGAAUUCAAUCAACAAACAAAUUCUUUGGAUAUGGGGCACUGAGUAUAAAGGAUUUUGCUACUUAAGUGGACUGAAUUUAAUCCUUGAAGUUGAAGAUUUUCCAGAAGAAAAAUGGGCAGAUAUUAUUUUGCACAUUGUAUGGUGAAUGUGUAUUUUGUAAGAAAAUACUCUUCUCUUCAUUUAGCCAAGGAAGUAAGCUUGUCUUCAUUGAUAGGUGUAAAAUAUUCUUAUCUUUCCUUAACCAGAAAAAAAGUAUUUGUUUUCCUUAUUUCCUGAUCUUCAUAUUUUUCAAUGUGCUGUAAAAUUCUGUGGCUGAAUAUUUAAUGUAUAGUAGAUAUUUUUAUAGAUUAUAUCUAAACAUACUGUGAUAACAGUGGUUUCUUCUUAUUACAGGAUGGAUGUAUAAUUGAAAAUUUAAGUUAUAAAUUUAAUGUUGAUACUUGAAAAUAUAAAACUAGAAAGCUCUUGAUUCUACUUAAACUGUGAUCUUAAACACACAGGGUUAGAUCCAGGGAUUUAGUUGUACUUAACUAGUUGAUCAUGGCUAACUUAAGUCCCAUUGAUUUCAGUAGUUCUACUGUAAGUAUGACUACAUCUGGAUCUAACCCACAACUUGAAAGCAAGCCCUUUUGAAAUUAGUUGGACUUGCUUCUAAGUAAAUGAGUUUAAAAUUGAGGUGUUAGAUUUUGUGUGCCAUCAGCAACACUUGGAUUUCCCAAUGAUCAACUCCAUUCAUACAUUAUAUAUUUUUUAGAUAUAAAAGGGGAAUUUGAGAAACUUGUUUAUAAAAAUGUGGAUCUCACAGACACAUUAAUCAGGGAGCUGUGAUUAGCAGCAGUUUCUUGUUAAGUGUGUAGUUGUGGGCAAACAUGGGUUUACAACAGGAUAAUGUGUGAAAUGGCUUUCAGUCAGUACUGGGGAGUUCAAAAUGUUAUGAAAAUCUCUUCAUCUUGUCCUAAUAUGUAUAGUUGACCCAAAGGAUUUUGAAUGAGGAUUUUAAAUCAGUAGUGACUGUUAAUUCAUUUACUAGUUCUAAUGCAGUCCUUUGAUAUAUCCGGCCUUGAAUUUAAUAUUUUGAGAGAUACUAAUCUUAUGUAAUAUUUGUUCCAAAAUAAUAAAUGCUCUGUUUUAAAUUG